UAAAAACAAACGGUGACGACAACCCUGCCACACGUGUCUGUUUUACCGCCUACCAAAUGGAAGUGGACGAAGGAAAACAGCAGGAUGUCAUUGAGGAGAACCCCAAUGAGCAUGUGAUUCGUGAACGCAACGCUGAGAUCGUAUCCGGCGGCAAUGUUUUCUACAACCCCGUGCAGGAGUUUAACCGGGAUCUCAGCAUUUCGGUGCUGAAUGUUUACCACCGGAUAUUGGUGAAGGAAAGGAUCGAAAAGGCGGCCAAAAAACAGCAGCGGAGAAGGCCGAAAGAUGUAGAGGAGCAGGAGGGAGAAAGAUGUAGAGAAGCGAAGGAGAAAGCAGAGACCCCCGUGGUAGGAACGGAAGAUUCCUACACUUAUGUGGCCGGCAAACGCUACGAGGAUGGCCUGCGGAUCCUGGAGGCACUUGCAGCUACUGGGUUACGGAGCAUCCGAUAUGCCCAGGAAAUCGCUGGGGUCCGCCAGAUUGUGGCGAACGACCUGUCUCGCCAGGCAGUGGCCUCCAUAAAUAAGAACGUGGAGCACAACAAGGUGGAGGAGCUCAUCGAAGCCAGCCACGCGGAUGCGAUGACGUUGAUGUAUCUUUCAACUGCUCAAGAUAAGCGGUUCGAUGCCGUGGACCUUGACCCGUACGGAUGCCCGAAUCGCUUCCUAGAUGGCGCCAUUCAGUGCCUCGUUGAUGGAGGUUUGCUUCUUGUGACCGCCACCGACAUGGCUGUGCUGGCAGGCAAUGCACCCGAGGCUUGCUAUGUAAAGUACGGAUCAGUACCCCUGAGGAUGAAGUGCUGCCACGAGAUGGCACUGCGCAUCUUGCUGCACUGCAUUGAGAGCCACGCGAACCGGCAUGGAAAGUACAUUGAGCCUUUGCUGAGCAUCUCAGCGGACUUUUACAUCCGAAUAUUCGUCCGAGUUCGAGUGGGGCAGGCGCAAUGCAAACUGUCAAUGAGCAAACAGUCGUGGAUGUAUCAGUGCACUGGAUGUGACACCUUCACACUGCAGCCGCUGGGCACCACCAAGCCGAAUCCUACUGCGGGAAACCCACAGCAGCUGAAGUUCGGCAUACCCACGGGUCCCGCAGUGAAUUCUCAGUGCGAGCACUGCGGACACAGGCACCACUUGGGGGGGCCCAUAUGGUCGGCUCCGUUACACAACCCGGAAUUUGUGAACCAGCUUUUACAGGCCGUCCAGGAAUCGCCCUUGGAGUCCCUGGGCACACAGAGACGAAUAGUUGGUGUACUGUCCAUGGUGCAGGAGGAACUUCAGGACGUGCCGUUGUACUAUACCCCGGACAAGCUGUGCUGUGUCCUCAAGCUAGAGAUUGUGCCCAUGCUCAAGUUCCGGUCGGCUUUGCUCCAUGCUGGCUAUCGAGUUUCAUACUCCCAUGCUUCGAAAAACUCUCUGAAAACCGACGCACCGGCUUCUGUGUUAUGGGACAUCUUGCGCAGCUGGAGCAAGCGGCAUCCGGUGAACCCGGAUCGAAUGAUUCCCGGUACUCCUUUGCAGGUCAUCCUUUCCAAACCAACUACCAAGGAUUACGAGUUUGAUAAUCUACACCCAGCUGCCAAUCCAAAAAGCCGAAAGUCUGCCCUUUCGCGCUUCCAGGAGAAUCCGACUCCACACUGGGGACCAGGAACCAGAGCCACUAUUAUGAUUGGCGACAAUAAACAGCCCAAGAGCUAUCGGAACCAGAACAAGAAGCAACGCCAAAAGGCUCUGCACCAGCCGGUAGAAGGGGAGAAUGAAAUCACUGCGCAAUCGGAGGACUCCGAAGAAGUGGAGCAUCAAGCCAAACAGCCGAAACUAGAAGCCACUUUAUGACAGCAGAUCCACAAUUGCAUCAAAUCGACAACUUUUAUAGAGCUGAAAUUUUAUACUGAAAAAUUAAUUUCUUAAAAAUUAUAAUUUUACCCAUUCAGGGGUA